AUGCCUCGAGCAUCCCCUAGGAAGCGGCAGGUGGUAAGCUACAACGAGGACUCUGACGGGGCGGCUCCCAAAACCAUCAAGAAGUCGAAAAGCGCCGUCACGAAAGUGGCAACGAAAAUCACCGGCAAGCGAAAGUUAGACUCCGUAACCGAAAGAGAAGGUAGCACACAGAGUAAAAAGCAACAAAAAAGGCCCAAGACAAACGCAAAGGCGGAAGAAAGCGCAAUGAAGUUGGCAGACAGGACAACCAUGUCCUCACUGACCAAGGCCAUGUACAUAGGCGCUCAUGUUAGUGCCGCUGGAGGGGUCCAAAAUGCUGUUUCCAACGCCGUCCAGAUUGGAGCCAACUCAUUCGCUCUCUUUCUCAAGUCUCAACGCAAAUGGGACAAUCCUCCAAUUCCUACAGAGGCCCGUGAUCUCUUCACUAGCAACUGCAAAGAGCACAAUUACAGCACCGCAGAGCAUGCCCUACCCCAUGGGUCGUAUCUCGUCAAUCUGGCGCAAGCGGACGAGUCCAAGGCCGCACAAGCCUACAAAAGCUUCGUUGACGAUCUCGAGAGAUGUGAACAACUCGGGAUCAAAUUGUACAAUUUCCAUCCAGGCUCAACUGGAGGAGAGGCCCGACCAGCGGCAAUUGGCCGGAUUGCUGCACAAUUGAACCGUUCACACAAGGCGACUCAAUCAGUGAUUACAGUCCUAGAGAAUAUGGCCGGUGCGGGCAAUGUGAUUGGCUCAACCUGGGAAGACUUGAGGGACAUUAUUGCGUUGGUAGACCAGAAGGAUCGAGUAGGCGUCUGCAUAGAUACCUGCCAUGCAUUCGCAGCUGGGUACGACCUGCGGACCCCAGAUGCAUUUAAAAAGACCAUGGAGGCAUUCGACAAGACUGUUGGAUAUAGAUACCUCAAGGCGUUCCACUUGAAUGAUAGCAAAGCCCCCCUUAAUUCCAAUCGAGACCUGCAUGCGAAUAUCGGAACUGGCUUUCUAGGCCUCCGCGCGUUCCACGGCGUCAUGAAUUGCGAUAACUUUUGCAAUAUGCCCAUGAUCCUGGAGACACCCAUCGAUAAGAAGGGCCCAGACGGAAAGACAGUUGAAGACAAGCAAGUCUGGGCAGAUGAAAUCAAGCUACUAGAGAGCCUCAUAGGAAUGGACCCAGAGAGCGACGAGUUCAAGGAGAAAGAAAAGGAACUUCAGGUUAAAGGUGCAGCAGAGCGCAACAGAAUCCAAGACCAGGUUGACAAAAGAUCGGUCAAGAAUGCUAAGAAAGGUUCAAGGACGAAAAGAAUUGUGUAA